GAUCUAUUCAUCUCUUUUCUUCUUGUGGGAAUUUAUCAGAUCAAGUUCUCGAGCAGAGUAAGCCGUUCCCCUCGUUCUUCCCCGGCUACAUGAGAUGUCUGUCCGCAAGUCCUCCGUUGGAUGCGUCAGCUGCACCUCCUUGCGUCAGCACGGUCGCUGGGCUGCGAAACUUCUACCCUGUUGGACCUUAACCUUCCGAACUUCUGCCUUGGCUUUUGACUUCGAUGUUAUCGGUGCACUGCUUGGCCUGCGCUUGACUGCCUCGUUCCCGUGUCCGACGACGUCCGCGCUGGACAUCAUCUCGUUCUGGCUAAUACCGACGCGGAGAAUUGCCUCUUGACUGACAUUUGAUCGUCGCUGACAGGGUCCCAACAAUCAACACCUCCCUCAAUCCUAGCCGUUCAUUUACACCCUCCUACUGAUUAAUUACACCUUCAUUGAUCGCCGCCAAAAUGGGUUGUGGAAUGAGUACUGAAGACA